AUGGAUAUUUCUCAAUACGAAAAGUUUUUUGCCGAGUUCGAUGUUGACAUUUCAAGAGUGUUUGUUGUAGGUGGUAUGCUUUCUGACAAUGCAGCCAGCAAUAUUGUUCCAUUCAAAUCUAUGAUGAGCAUCAUGAUUGGCAAGGAUACGAUCCAGAACAACAGCUUUGAAGCAGUCAAGGCUUUGCUGUUGCACGAGAUAGAACAUGCAAGACACUUUGAUCUUUUAUCCAUCUUCGUUGCACCCUACAUUAUUGCAUCCCUAGCAAUGUGCUUUCUGGUGAAGAAUAUUAAGAAGGAUGAGAACAAGUCUGCACUAAAGCAUUACGUGACAGUGAGCGCCCAGAUCUCAUUAUUUUUCCUCAUCGCUAUCCUGGCGAGUAAUCUCAUAGCAAGUAUCUGUGAGUUUAAUGCAGACAGGUUUGCAUGCUCAUAUGCAGAGUCGUGUGCCGAUCUAUCUCAGAAGCUUUUAGAAAUAACUAAGAAUAACAAAGCAUUCAUAUACUAG